GGAAAAGGAAGUGUGCUCAAGGCUCGAUACAUCAACAGAGUGCAAGGUAGCUAGUUAGUGUCAGAGCUAAGUGUUUGAUUUGGCUAGCUAGCUUUCUCGUAAAUGUGGUUUUGUUAACGUUAUAUUGGUGCCCAUCACUACCUUCGGAUACGCGCAGGUGAAUACAAUUUAGUAAUAAUAAGUAAGCUAUCUGUAGAUGUUCGCUGGAAAGUAAGAAGCUAUUGACGUACAUCUAGCUGGAAUUAACAGACUAGGGGGUCGGAGCACUUGACAAGUCCCCAGCUAGUAUGGCUGACCCGGCUAGAGUGAAACCGAUAUCCGAGGAGUCCCAGGAAAACGAAGUUGGUGACAAAGAAAGCGAAGCAUCUGCGGAAUCCUCCUCCCAUCAGUCACACAAAGACGACGACAAAACGGAACAUGGCAAGGAGUCCAAUGCCGGGGGGGAUGAGGAUGAGGGAUCGUCAGGUCUGGACCCCUCAGCCGCUAAGAAGUUGAAGGUUGAUCCAGAAAAGAAGAAGGAGAAACGGCAGAAAGUAGAUGAAGAUGAGAUCCAAAAGAUGCAGGUUCUGGUCUCCUCGUUCUCUGAGGAACAGCUUAAUCGUUACGAGAUGUACAGACGCUCCGCAUUUCCCAAAGCUGCUAUUAAAAGGCUUAUCCAGUCCAUUACCGGAACCUCUGUCUCACAAAACGUGGUCAUUGCCAUGUCGGGUAUUUCAAAAGUGUUUGCUGGGGAAAUUGUUGAAGAAGCGCUGGACGUGUGUGAUAAGUGGGGAGAGACGCCGCCCCUGCAGCCCAAGCACAUGAGAGAAGCAGUGAGGAGGCUGAAGAGCAAAGAGCAGAUCCCCAACACCAAGCACAAACGCAUCCUCUUCCACUGAGCCCCCCACCAGGGGCAAUCCAAGCUCUGCUGCAGGAGCGGAGUGAAGAAGAGCUCAUGAUUUUAAGGUUGGGGACGGAUGAGGUUGAGGAGAACGGCAGGCUGAGAAUCUCUGCAAGCAGUGAGUGAUGUAUAUUGUUGUUUUCGUUCAUAAUUGUACUUAUUAUGAACGUGCUCAAACGUAAAAUCUGUUUGUUUAUAGUGUAUUCAAUCCUGUUUACUCGCUGUCUGCCAUGUUUGUGCUGAUAGAUGUUAUUACACAUCUCCUAUCUAAAUCAUCCACUGCUGUUGUAUAUACUGAGACUUUUUCAAGUAUUUAGUUGUAUCAUUUACUCUUUUUAUUUUAUUUGUAUUAAUGAAUUAAAUCUAGUGUGCCA